GCAAUCCGGUUUUGUUUUGUUCCGGUAUUUUGUCCCGUUUUUGCUCACAGUCUCCGGUAGUUAAAGGCAGGAUGGAUACGGAUUUAAUUUUCUCUUCCCGUCGGUCUCCUGUGGUGUGUUUACACGGCUGCGUGGCGUCCAGUCAGCAGUUAGCGUCUAACAUUGGACUGGAUAUCCUGAAGCGUGGUGGUAAUGCUGCAGAUGCUGCGGUUGCCAUCGCAGCGGCGCUGGCAGUAAUAGAACCAUGCAGCACCGGUCCAGGUGGAGAUGCCUUCUGCCUCUUCUACAACGGAAACACUGGAGAGAUCAGAGGAAUUAACGGCAGUGGUCGCUUACCCAAAGCUGAGACCCUGGACUUCCUGGAGGGACGUGGUUACAGUGCUGAGGCCCCUCCGUUACCGUCUGAUGCUUUGAAUGUUACAGUGCCAGGGGCUCCUGCGUGCUGGUGUGAUACCAUCAAGCUGUUUGGUAGUCACAAGUUGUCCUUACAGGAGGUGCUGAGCGGGGCAGCUGAGUUGGCUGAGGUGGGGUUUCCUGUUGCUGAGGUAACAGCUCACCACUGGGCGCACUGGGUAGGGGCCCUGCGAGAUGCUGGAAAGGAACUAGGCAGAGACUUGCUGAUUGAUGGUCAUCCACCCAAAUGUGGACAAGUAUUCAGAAAUCCUGCCCUUGCUCGAACUCUGAAGGAGCUGGGUGAGCGUGGUAAACCAGCGUUCUACCAGGGCAGAGUGGCCCAAGCCAUCGUUGAAAUUAUCAACCAACAUGGAGGAGUCAUGACCCUGGAUGACCUCAGCAGCCAUGAAAGUGAGGUCAUCACCCCUAUAAGCACAGAGUACAAGGGUGUGCGUCUUUGGGAGCCUCCUCCCAACAGUCAGGGAUUGGCUGCCCUGCUGCUGCUUAAUAUCCUGGAGAACUUCCCUCUCAAAGCUUUAGGCCAUAACAGCUCUGACUACAUCCAUGUUUUGGUGGAGGCUGUUCGUUUGGCACUAACAGAUGCUCUGCGUUACCUGAGCGACCCAGACCAUGUGACCAUCCCUCUUCAAACCUUACUGGACAAGAGCUACAGCCACCAGCGAGCCCAGCGCAUCAGCAUGGAAAGAGCCAUGGAAGGAGUGGAGCCUGGCCUGAUGACAGGAAGUGACACAGUCUAUUUCUGUGUGAUUGACAGCCAAGGGAAUGCCUGUUCAUUUGUCAACAGCACUUUUAUGGGCUUUGGGAGUGGGCUGGUCCCAAAGGACUGUGGAUUCUCACUACAGAAUCGUGGUGCCAGCUUUUCUCUGCAUCGUGACCACGUUAACUGUGUUGCUGGAGGGAAACGUCCAUAUCACACCAUAAUACCUGCACUCCUCACUGACUCUGCAUCCAAAUCACAAAAAACACAACUCCUCGCUGCACUGGGGGUGAUGGGAGCUUUUAUGCAGCCACAAGGACACAUCCAGGUGUUGUUGAACAUGUUGGAAUUUGGGAUGAAUCCUCAACAGGCUCUGGAUGCUCCGAGAGUCUUCGUACAGUAUGACCACAAAACUGAUGAGUGGUUGGUUAAUCUGGAGGAGGGGAUCGACCAGGAAGUGGCCGAGGUGCUGAGAAAACGAGGUCACAAGAUCAACUGGCCAGUCACAGGCCACAAGAGGUCUCGGUUUGGGCGGGGGCAGAUCAUUACAGUGGGGGAUUGGUGGAACCCAUCUGUCAGUCACGUUGAUCAUCCAGUGAAGGUGCUGUGGGCUGGAUCAGACCCCCGAGCAGAUGGAUGUGCUCAGGGAUACUAGACAGACUGUAAAUGUAAUAAUCACACAAAAAACAACAUUCACAGUGAACUCAAACCUUUUUUUCUUUGGUUUCAUUGAUUAGCUGACUGAUUUUAUUACAACAUGUAAUUUGGCAGCAACACUGUCAUAGCCUGGUGUUUACAGCACACCUUCAUAAAGUGCCUCAUGUAAUCAUGUUCUUAUCUUACAGUACAUAUUAAGGUUUGUGUUGUAAGUUUAUAUACAUGUAUCAUCUGUAUCUGUAUCAUUAUGUGCACCAUUUUAAAAAAUCAGAUGAUAAAACUCAGUUCUCAUUACAGUUUGAACUUAAACUAGGCACCAUAUUUAUAGUUCCUUAUGGAACAACAUCCAUUAUCUUCCUCCACAUUUUAUUGAUUUCAGAUUAGAUUUGUGAGCAGUAAUCAAACAGGAAAACCCAUAUUUGUGUAACAUGACAUUACACACUAAUCAUGCACUUCCUUGAUUCUGUUUGUCUUUUGACUGAGAUAAUUAUCUGUUUUAACUACUUUAAUUACUUGCUGCUGAUGAGGAUUUUUUUUUUAAUACCUUCCACCUCAAUUAAUAAUAGUCAGAUAUUUAGUCUAUGUGACAAUAAACACAUACAAUUUAGAUUUAAUGUGAAUCAAGUCCAUCAGUGUUAGCCUUUUUUCUGACCUUUAAAUAUUGUAUAGUGUUAUACAGUAUUUUUGUUUCUGCUGUUGUGCAAAAUGAAAUAUGUUGGAUAUAUUUGCAAUGAUUUUGUACAUGUUUACAAUUAAAUUAAAUCAGUUAGAUAUAUUUUCAAGUAAUAUUAAGUUCUCAUUGAUUGAUUUCUCCAAGCCGGAGCACAUGGGGCUUGACCCAUUUCAUCAACUAAUC